UUCAUAACAAUAAAAAGAAUAAAAAGCAAAUUUUCAUUUUAUCGGUUCAUAUUUUGAAUAACAUUUGCCAAGAUGAAGCUGACAGAAAAGACAAACUGCUGUUCCCAUUGUAAACGGGACAAUAAUAAGUGCCUAAAGAAGAAACAAGUUUUGAAACAUUUCUUAGGCGACAAAAUAAAUGCUUCUCUUCUUAAAAAGACAAAAACAGUACCAAACGCAUAUGGGUUGUACUGUAUUACAAGUAAUGAUGCUGGUGAAGUUUUGUACGUUGGGUUUUCGAACCGUAGUGUGCGACAAAGAUUGUUGGCUCAUACAGGAGGAUAUGAUAAACAGGCAAUUGGUAGGUUCUUGAAAGGAAAGGAUUUACGGAAAUUCUCGCUCUCCUGGGUUAAGGAGCGAAAAGCGGAGUGUUUAGAACAACAGUUUAUUGAAUACGUUACCCAUGAUCAAGGUUUUCGACCAUUGAAAAAAAAAAAAGAGGGAGAUCAUGUGGCAAAAAGGAGGAAUGAGAUAAUUUUUAUCAGAUAUCAUUUGUUUGGUAUGCUGUAUUUUUUUUAUAACUCUAUUGAAAUGUGGCGAAUUGAAUUAUUUUAUGAUCACUUAUACUUUCAAAGUUUCUUCAUUCAUUCUUAUUUGCCAUUAUAUGUAUUGAAUUUAUCACAUCAAUAA